AGCGGGGCCUCAGUGCUGCAGCGAGGACAAUUGAAGGUCUGCGGCGGCCUCAAUUGAAGGUCUGCCCAGCGCGAGCAGUCUUUAACCACAUCAGCCGUACAAAGGCACGCAGCAGCGGUCGAAACCAUGCUCCGCAUCGUCGGGUUAGCCGCGGGUGCUGCAGCCCUCGUGGGCCCCGGCGCGCAGACGGCGCGCGCGCCCGCGCUGCAGGCCAAGAACGUCCUCUUCGGCGACGAGUCACGAGCGCAGCUCGUCGCCGGCAUCAACGCCGUCGCCGACGCCGUCAAGGUCACGCUCGGCCCGAAAGGUCGCAACGUCGUUUUGGAGCGAGCCUACGGCGCCCCCGAGAUUGUCAAUGAUGGCGUGACCAUCGCGCGGGACAUCGACCUCCCGGAACCGGCGAUGAACAUCGGCGCGAAACUUAUUCAAGAGGUCGCCGGCAAGUCCGACAGCAAAGCGGGCGACGGGACGACGACCACAACUUUGAUGACGCAAGAGCUCGUGAACCAGGGCAUGAAGGCCGUCUCGUCUGGAUCGAACCCCGUCGCGCUGAGACGGGGCAUCAGCCACGUGACGAACAUUUUGAUCGAGAAGUGCCGCGAGUUGUCCGUGCCCCUGAAAGGCAACGACGACAUCCUCAACAUCGCGACCAUCUCCACGAGCGGCAACGCCUUCAUGGGCGGCGUCAUCGCCAAGGCCUACGAGAAGGUCGGGACCACUGGUAGUACGACGCUCGAGGAGUCCCAGACGCUGAACGAUGAAGUGGAAUUCACGGAGGGCCUGACCAUCGACCGAGGCUACGUAAGCCCGUACUUCGUGAACGACCAGGAGCGCCAGUUUGGCUCCGGCGUCCGUAGUUGUGUGACGUCGUCGACCGAAUCGCCUCGAAAUCCAAAGAAAAACCACCCACUUCCAUCGUUCCUGGAGACGACGUCGCCCGACCCUCCUUCAUCGCGCCACGACCGCGUUUGCGCGCAGGCUCUGCGAGCUCAUGGACCCGAAGAUCCUCGUGACCGACAACAAGAUCGAGAACGUCAACGACCUGAUCCCGCUGCUCGAGGUCCGCGACAGCGUCCGACGCCUUCCAUUCACUUCGUCUCCACGAGACGAGGCGCUGGAUGGUCUUUUUUUCGAUGGCGUCUUCGCGAGAGCGGGUCGCGGCGAUGGCGUCGACGAGAGCGUCCGCGCGCCUCGCGAGCGAGCCGCGGGCGCCGACCUCGUCGUCGAGAGCUGCCGAGAGGUCUCGAGGCGCGAGCGCGACCGUCGCGUCGAUGGCGUCGACGCGAGACGCAACACCCACGCAGGGCAUGGUCAAGACCAAGGAGAAGCUCGUCAUCAUCGCCGAGGACGUGGUAGGAGAAGCUUUAUCAGCCUUAGUGGUCAACAAGAUGCGCGGCGUGCUUGAUAUUUGCGCGAUGAAGGCGCCGGGCUUUGGCGUCAGAAGGAAAGAUUUACUCCAGGACAUCGCCAUCGCCACUGGUGCCACUUAUGUGGCCCAAGAGGUCGGUGUCUCAUUGGAAACGGUCACUCCGGAAAUGCUCGGCACGUGCGAGCGCAUGGUGAUUGGGAAAGAAGAAACGACCAUCGUCACCGACGGCAAGCAGGCCGAGGCCAUGGAGAAGCGCAUCCAGCAGAUCCGGACCGAGGCCGAGAACACCGACAGCCAGUUCGACAAGGAGAAGGCGGAGGAGAGAGUCGCUGCCUUAGGUGGAGGUAUUGCGCGCAUCAAAGUGGGUGCUGCUACCGAGACGGAGCUCAAGGACAAGAAGCUGCGGUACGAAGAUGCCUUGAACGCGGUCAAGAGCGCGCUCAAGACGGGAAUUCUUCCCGGUGGUGGAAGUACGUUAGCCUACUUGCUACGCUUCGAAAAUGAAAUUUGCGACGCGAUUGAAGACGAAGAUGAAAAGCGGGGCGCGAAGAUCGUCUUCAAUUCAUUAAGUGCGCCCGUCUGUCAGAUCGCGAAGAACUGCGGCAUCGAGGGCCAGAUCGUCCUGUCGAAGGUCAUCGACAAGGACUUUGGGUACGGGUUCAACGCGGCGAACUUCGAGUACGGUGAUUUAUUUGAUGCCGGAGUUGUUGACUCCGCCCAAGUGACGCUGUCAGCUCUGGAGAAUUCAGCUUCCAUUGCCGGAUUGGUCUUGACGACGGAGGCGCUGAUCCAUGAAAUUCCCCAAGAUUUAAGUGAGGACGAGAAGCUCGCGGCCAUGGACGUGGCGGCGGGCAUGGGCGGCAUGGACUACAUGUAGAUUCUUCCUUCCUGUCCUGGCGGGGUAAGGCUGUCUAUUCUUAGCUCCUUGUUCGCGCGUCGCGUCGACGGCGUCGCCUUGUCGCAGCGAUGGCGUCGAGGAGGCGUCGAGGAUGGCGUCGCGUCGCGCCGCGGUGC